CGCCGCCGCCUCUGCUGUUCCUCCGGCGGCCCGGCCCGGCCCGCCCGCCCCGCGUCCCCUCCGGCCGGUGCCUCUCCCCCCGGCGGGCUGCCUGCAUGUCUUUGCUGCCCUCAGCCCCGCCGCCACCGCCGCCGCCGCCUCCCCCGCCGCCGCAGCACCAGCACCAGCAGCAGCCGCCCCGCCGCCGCCGCCGCCGUCGCCGCCCGGACCCCGGCGCGCUGAAUGCAGGUGAGGAGGGGGCAAAGGCCCUCCGCGACCCCAGGCCCCCGCGCCUUUGCUUGCCCACCCGCCCGCGAGCCAGGUCCGGGCCCUGCCUGUCGCGGCCGCUUCCCUUCGGGGCGGGCGGGAGUGAGGCCCGCCCGUGGGUGUUUGUGUUUGCGUCUGCGGCCGCGGCUUCGGAGGGGAAGCAUCUGUGGGGGCCUGGUGCGCGCGCGCGCGUGUUUGUGUGUGUGUCUGUUUCCCCUGCCGCGGGGAAAUGGCUGCUGUUGCUCCUUCUGGGCCAGAGGAAGAGAAUGAGACUAAUAGGGAUGCCAAAGGAAAAAUAUGAUCCUCCAGAUCCUCGCAGAAUUUAUACCAUCAUGUCAGCAGAGGAGGUAGCCAAUGGGAAAAAAUCUCACUGGGCAGAAUUAGAAAUCUCGGGUAGAGUGCGGAGCUUAAGUACGUCACUUUGGUCAUUGACACACUUGACAGCACUGCACCUAAAUGACAAUUACCUUAGUCGCAUUCCACCUGAUAUUGCCAAGCUUCAUAAUCUGGUUUACCUGGAUCUGUCAUCCAAUAAACUCAGAAGUUUACCAGCAGAACUAGGAAACAUGGUGUCUCUCAGGGAAUUGCUUUUAAAUAACAAUCUGUUACGGGUUUUGCCUUAUGAACUUGGUCGGCUCUUCCAGCUACAAACUCUAGGUUUGAAAGGCAAUCCUUUAUCACAGGAUAUUCUCAAUUUAUACCAGGACCCAGAUGGAACCCGAAAGCUACUGAACUUCAUGCUUGACAAUCUUGCAGUUCAUCCAGAGCAGCUUCCUCCGAGGCCAUGGAUUACAUUAAAAGAACGAGACCAAAUUCUGCCAUCAGCAUCAUUCACGGUUAUGUGUUACAAUGUGUUAUGUGAUAAAUACGCCACCCGGCAGCUAUAUGGCUAUUGCCCGUCCUGGGCAUUAAACUGGGAAUACAGGAAAAAGGGAAUUAUGGAAGAAAUUGUUAACUGUGAUGCAGAUAUCAUUAGUCUUCAGGAAGUGGAAACAGAGCAAUACUUCACUCUCUUUCUGCCAGCAUUGAAGGAGCGUGGAUAUGAUGGGUUUUUUUCUCCAAAGUCACGUGCCAAAAUCAUGUCUGAGCAGGAGAGAAAGCAUGUGGACGGUUGUGCAAUAUUCUUCAAAACAGAAAAAUUUACUUUGGUGCAGAAGCAUACAGUGGAAUUUAACCAAGUGGCAAUGGCUAAUUCAGAUGGAUCCGAAGCUAUGCUGAACAGAGUGAUGACAAAAGAUAAUAUUGGUGUCGCUGUGGUAUUAGAGGUCCACAAAGAACUAUUUGGAACAGGUAUGAAGCCUAUUCAUGCUGCAGACAAACAGCUGCUUAUAGUGGCAAAUGCCCACAUGCAUUGGGACCCAGAGUAUUCUGAUGUGAAACUUAUCCAGACCAUGAUGUUUGUCUCAGAGGUUAAAAACAUUCUGGAGAAAGCCUCUAGUAGGCCUGGCAGCCCAACUGCAGAUCCUAAUUCCAUCCCGCUGGUGCUAUGUGCAGAUCUUAACUCAUUGCCAGAUUCAGGUGUUGUGGAAUAUUUAAGCAAUGGAGGAGUAGCUGACAACCAUAAAGACUUCAAGGAACUAAGGUACAAUGAGUGUCUUAUGAACUUCAGCUGCAAUGGAAAGAAUGGAAGCUCAGAAGGGAGAAUCACACAUGGCUUCCAACUGAAGAGCGCCUAUGAAAAUAACUUGAUGCCUUACACCAAUUACACCUUUGAUUUCAAAGGCGUGAUUGACUACAUUUUCUAUUCCAAGACUCAUAUGAACGUGCUUGGUGUCCUGGGGCCUUUAGAUCCUCAAUGGCUGGUUGAGAACAACAUCACUGGGUGUCCACACCCUCACAUCCCUUCAGACCACUUCUCACUGUUAACACAACUUGAACUCCACCCUCCACUUCUGCCUCUUGUCAAUGGUGUUCACUUGCCUAAUCGGAGGUAGUGGAGUACUGCCCCGCAAAGACGGGGGGAUCUGUUGCUAUGGACCUGUACAGUUGUAAAUCAAAGUAUGUAGGAGUGAAGUAUGGCCAUCCUUAAGCUGCUUCUUCAGGUUCCUUUCAUUAUGUGUUUGCUCUAAGAUUUUGUACAUUUUUGUGCAUAUUGGUAUCAUUUGGCACUAGGGCUGGAACCAAAGUAUUACUUUCCAAAUUUUUAAUUUAACAUGUUUUUAAAUUGGACCUUUUUCAUAUUAUCUUAGAGUCAGCAUUUGUAAUUAAUAAGUCACCAAUUCAAGGCCCAACAAGUGUAUUUGUUUUUCCAAAACAAAUACUUUCUUUUGAAUGGUUUCAAAUCAACCAUUUUUGUAAAAGGCAAUUAAAAAGAACUAUAAAUAUAACAUUUUAAACUGAAUGAUGGCAUGCCUUGCAGGAAAAAUUUCUUGGAUUUCUGUUUUCCAUUAUAACAAACUGGUUUUUGACUCCCCAAGUCUUUUGCACAUUAACAAAGCACUUAAAUUUGCUAGAUCUGUACAUAAACGAUGAUAUAGCCUUUAACCAUAAUAAGAAAAAUUGAGAAAUUAAAGGUGGUUGCACAAUAUGCUUUCAAAAUCAAGCAUUUAACAGUACAUGACAGUUGGGCAAGUGCUGGUUAUUUUUUUGUUUUGUUUUGAAGAAUCACUCUGUAUUUUGUUCCUCUAUUAGUUGUAACCACAUUAGAAGUAUUAAUUUUAAGACUUUCUCUCCAGUUUAUUUAUUGGGGAACAGUGGGUAAUUUCUACUGCCACACAUCUUGAAAAUAGAAUUUUUUAACAUUUAGGAUACCCACAAAAUUAGUGUCCAGUAUUUUUAAUUAUUCCCAUCCACCUUUUUCUGCCUGGUUGUGCUAAAGAAACAGAUAUUAUAUGAUCUGUACGAUUUUGCAGGUAUAAUCAAAUGUUAAACAAACAAACAAAAACCAGAACAACUGCUGAAUGAAAAGACCCUGAUCAAAGUUUUAAAAGGGAAAAGUGAUACAAAUAUUUCAUGUGUUCCCCAAAGUAGGGCAAGUGUCUGCUGGUUUUGGCUUUUUGAGGUGGAAAAGAUUUUGGAGGGAGAGAGAACAGGGAGUAGUUGAAAACCUCAGAUCAUUUUUCCUGACUCUAGUUGCCAAAUGGCCAUUAUAUGCUUUUAAUCUUUGUUUCUGUUGUCUGUCAGGGUUGAAUUAAGAAGCUACUGGUUUAUUCCCAACUGUUGAUGCUCUUUAGAAACUUUGGAAUCCUUUUUUUGCCCAGGAGGGGCCAGUUGAAAAUCUGUGACUCAAGAGGCAGUGAACGUAAUAACCGUUUUCUGGGGGAAAAAAUUGGUUGGCUACUUGACGUUAAUUAUGGCACAGUAACAGGAAAAGGUUGUGUCUGUGUUUUUAAGUUUUUCUUUAUUCUGCUUUUUUGCUGCUAUAAGAGUUUUCUGAAAUUUAUAUUUUAAACUUUUCAUGCACUUUACUGUUUCUAGUCUCAAAAUGUGAUAUUUUUAAUAAACAAGAAAUUUUCCAUUAUGUGAAUGAAAUUUUAAAAGAAAAUAGCCUAUAUUUGUGUCUCACUAAUAUAUAAAGUACAGGUCAAAUUUAAAUUAUUUAAUUAGUUUUAAAUAUAUACAAUUUGUCUCCUCUUUCAAACCUGACAUCGUAGGCUGUUUUAUUAGUCUUAAAUGAUGCAUUUCCUUUGGUCAUUUUAUACUAAUUUCUUCCAUAGUAAAUUAAUCAGGCUAUAUAAUAUUUCCCCUGAAGGGUAAUUUUAGUGGGACGAGGGUGGUGGGAUGAUGUAAUGUCGUAUAUGGGAUCGCAUCAGAAGGGUUCUGUAAAGCCUAAACUCCCUUUUAAAAGUGCCUAGUGAUAGAGGCGUUGUUUGUCAUCUUUUAUAAUUGGAAUGUAAUUGUAGUUGAGUGAAGUUUGAUGUAAAUAAAAUAUUCUUUUAAAAAUGGUAAAGUACCAGAAUAAACAAACAGAAACAAAGAAACAACCCUUAAGGUGACAGAUUUUCCUCAAUGUGCAGGUGUCCCUUCUUAUAUACCUCAAACAUUCAACAUCUAGCCAUGCAAAUUGAUUACCUGAACCAUAGUACUGGAAAGUAGAAUAGCAUGAAAAACUUAAUUUUGUGGACAUUACCUUUUUUUGUAAUCAGCUACUGUAUGUUUUAUUUUAAAUCUUUUGUUUUGGGUGGAUUUUCUGCUCUGGAGGUAUAUGCACUAACAAAACAUUUUCCUCCUUUCAUAUACGCAUGUUAAUUAGCAAUGUGAGCAAUAUUUCCUACCAUACUUCACUCCCGAUAUUUUUUGAGAUGUUUGUAUAAAAUGGAAUUUAAAGUUCACUUAUGAUUGUAUAUGAACCACAGAGGAGCCCAUUUAUUAAUAAAAAAAAAAACUUUUUUAAUAGUUAAAUGUAGAGGGAAAAAAUAAAAAAAAAAUUGGGAAACAUUGUAAACAGCUUAAGUUUAUUUUGUGUAUGAUCGAGGCACUCUGUUGCAGGAAGGUGUGUAAUUGGGUUCUCUCUGCUUCCAAAUGCACUCUUUCAAACCAUUCAUUAUCCUGUGUAUUUUUAAUGUGGUUUUAGUAAAUGUUGGUAGUAGCUCUGUUGAAGUAGGUAAUUGUGUUAUGUUUUGGGUGGCACACACACUUGGGGCAUGGUAACCCAAAUUUCAUGUGCACGGUUUCCCUUUAGCCCACUGCCCAGAUUUCACACACUUUCACCCUUUGUUCCCUUUGUAAAAGGAGUGGUAUCUGUUUUGAGCUGCCAAUUCAGAUGAUCAGAAAUGCUGCUCUCCUCAGUAUUGUCUUGUUAAAACGCAUGCCAUUUGGAACUUUGGCAGUGAGAAGCCAAAAGGAAGAGGUGAAUGACAUAGGGUGUAUAUUCAAUGAAAGUAAAAUAUUUAUGCUUAUAUACUUUCUAGUUCUCAGAAUAAGUUUAAUAAGCUUUAUGCCAUGGGGCUGCUGCAUAUUUUAUGUGAAGUUAAGAGAAAAUUUGGGCAUUUUUAGGUUGUGAUAAUGUGUUGUGUUUUUUUUUUAACUGUUAAAUAUGAUUUCUGAUCUUUGUGUAAGAACUGGAGUGUUCUUUAAAUUUAUUGAAACAGUGUUUGAGGAAGGGAAAACUGCACUGUUUGCUAUUACAACAGUCCUACAAGUGCAUGUCAAGUCACCCACUCUCUCAGGCAUCAGUAUCCGCCUCAUAGCUUUACACAUUUCGAUGGGGAAUAUUGCAGCAUCCUCAGGACUGACAUCUGAGAAAGGCUCAAAUCCACUUACUGCUCCUUGCUUGUUGACUUUGUUUUAAAAUAUUGUGCCUGGUGUCAACUUUUAAGCAACAGCACUGCCUAAAAGCAAGCAGAGAACAGAAUCCCAGCACCAUUCUAUAGGCAACUUUUUAGAAUUCAGAUAUAGUAAAUCUGUUCGAGAUUUAUGAUGUUUUAUGUAAAAAAAAAUUU